UGGGCGAUGUUGGCAGGUAGCAGUCGGCGUCAGGCGGGAUUUCCGCAAUAUCUAGUAAUAUGGCGAAGACCUACGACUACCUGUUUAAAUUGCUAUUAAUCGGGGACUCCGGAGUAGGGAAGACGUGUGUGUUGUUCAGGUUUUCAGAAGAUGCCUUUAAUUCAACAUUUAUCUCCACGAUAGGCAUUGACUUUAAGAUUAGAACCAUAGAACUUGAUGGAAAGAAGAUUAAACUCCAGAUAUGGGACACUGCGGGCCAGGAGAGGUUCAGAACGAUAACAACGGCCUACUACAGAGGAGCCAUGGGCAUAAUGCUGGUGUAUGACAUCACCAGUCAGAAGUCUUUUGACAACAUCAAGAACUGGAUACGGAACAUUGAGGAGCAUGCCUCUGCUGAUGUUGAGAAGAUGAUUCUGGGGAACAAGUGUGACGUUAACGACAAGCGGCAGGUUUCCAAAGACCGGGGGGAGGAGCUGGCGCUGGAGUACGGGAUCAAGUUCAUGGAGACGAGCGCCAAGGCCAACAUCAACGUGGAGAACGCCUUUCUCCUGCUUGCCAGGGACAUCAAAGCAAAAAUGGACAAGAAACUGGAGGGGAGCAGCCCCCAGGGCAGCGGGCCAGGGGUGAAGAUCCUGGAGCAGCCCAAGAAGACCAGCUUCUUCCGCUGUGAUCUCCUAUGAGGGCCAUGCCUCGCUCCUGCCCCCUGCCCCCUGCCCUCUGCCCGGGAACAACUGGACUCUGCUUGUUCAUACUGCUCUCGACCUCGCUCUGCUAGGAAAAGUCUGUCUCACUCCACUCCCAGAAUGCUUUGUUGUAAAUUCCAGCUCUUGCCCGUGGGUUACUCUCUUCCAGGCACAUUUCUAUUAUAAUUUUUUUGUCUCCUCGGAGGCAUCAGGGAAACUGGGGCAGCCUGUAGCCCAGCAGCCUAAAUGGUAAAUGGUUGGCAUUUAUAUAGCGCCUUUAUCCAAAGCGCUGUACAAUUGAUGCUUCUCAUUCACCCAUUCAUACACACACUCACACACUGACGGCGAUCGGCUGCCAUGCAAGGCCCCGACCAGCUCGUCAGGAGCAUUUAGGGGUUAGGUGUCUUGCUCAGGGACACUUCGACACAGCCCAGGCGGGGGAUCGAACCGGCAACCCUCUGACUGCCAGACGACUGCUCUUACUGCCUGAGCCAUGUCGCCCCCCUAGCGGCUAAUGUGCCUGCAGUCUAGUGGCUAGUGUUAGUCUAAUCAACUGUUAAUAACAUUGGAUAAAAGCUGAAUAACUGAUGCAUAAUGGAAGAGAAUGAUUGGUUGAAUUCUGCAAGGGGUGGGGCAAAAGGCCAGUGUGCUAUUGGGCAGUUUUCCUGUUGCAAACUCUUCUGAGUGGGUGGAACCUCACACUGUUGAGUGUCAGUUAGAACAUCAGGAAUUUCAUCACAGAUCAAAGGUUUGUGAUUUUGUAAAACUGUCUUACUCCUUUACGGGUGUGUGCGCGUGUGUGUGUGUGUGUGCGCGUGUGCGUGCGUGUGUGUGUUUUAUCAGCCAUUGUUGAUUACUGUACUGUACACACUGAAGGCACGCAUGCUGUCUCUGCUUGCUAGUGUUCAGAUGAAAAAACCUAUUAAUUCAGCAUGUGUAUCCAAAAACGUACAUUUUAUGUUUAAUAGAAGCACAACUAGCCCUACUGUCUCCCCCUGUUUAUGCCCCUCCUUUGCUCGACCCGGAACUCGAUCAAGGUCCGCCAUCUUUUAGGGAAUUCCAACAAGUCCAACCCCUUAAAUAUUCCUUAGAGAAGCUAGAAGCCAUGAGCUUGGAGGCUCCCAGAGAUUUAUUGACUGCAUCGUUUGGGGGAAGUAAUUUUUCUGAAAUGCUGGACCUGUGGAUCCACUUCUCCCCAUCUGCCACGUCUGUAACUGACCUGUGGAUCCAGCUCUCCCCAUCUGCCACGUCUGUAACUGACCUGUGGAUCCAGCUCUCCCCAUCUGCCACGUCUGUAACUGACCUGUGGAUCCACCUCUCCCCAUCUGCCAUGUCUGUAACUGACCUGUGGAUCCAGCUCUCCCCAUCUGCCACGUCUGUAACUGACCUGUGGAUCCACCUCUCCCCAUCUGCCACGUCUGUAACUGACCUGUGGAUCCACCUCUCCCCAUCUGCCACGUCUGUAACUGACCUGUGGAUCCAGCUCUCCCCAUCUGCCAUGUCUGUAACUGACAGGGCUCCAUACUGAUGCUGAAGGAGUAGGGACAUGCCGUGGGUCCCUCCUCCCGUGUGGUAAUCUGUAAAGUUCCUUUUUUACCUGUCUCUGUGUUGUGUACCUCAUCAGUGACUGAAGUGUAAUUUAAUUGAUGCUGGGGAUGUUUUAUUUUAUUCUAAUUCUUUCUGUUGGGGGGGGGGGGGGGGUUGCACAGUUGUAAAUGGCAUUAGCCGAAGAGAAUUUACUUUGUACUGUAAUUUCUAAUAAAAAAUCUAUAAAACAUGAA